AUGGAGCUGCCCGCGCAAGCAGAGAAGCAUGCCCCACAGCACCGACAGCCCCAGUUGGGUCCGGGCCAGUGCCACAUUUCCGGUGAAUGGGAUCGGCCGGCGUCCACUGCGGGGAGGCGGGCGCAACUUUUCCGAGUAGGAUGGCGCUCCGCGAGUAUGGGUAGCUGCUGGGCGGCAGUGUGCAUUGCCGACAGCUGCAGGCCGCGUUCAAAGUCGGCGAUGGGGGAUCCCACGGGGGCCCGGAGUUUGGCCCGCUUCCUGUCGGAUGCCCUUGGUGCAAAGCUGGAGAGUGCGUCAGCGGGGCGUUGGUGGUUUGACGGCGGCAGAGGCAGACACUGA